AUGCGGAGAGUGGAGGUUCUGAGCGCGUACCGGGCGGUGUUGAAAGCCACUCGAAAAUCAUUCGCCGGCGACAGUCAGAUGCUGAAAGGAUCUGCGGCGGAAGUGCGGAAGCAGUUCGAGGAAAACAAGAAUGUCACCUCCGAAGCGGAGAUCCAGAAGCUUCUAGCAGAGGCCAACGAGGCCUCCGAUUUCAUCACUAACAUGAUCGUCCAGGCAAAACUCAAUCCUGACGCAGGCAGUUACGUAGUGAAGCCUGGUAAAGAGCAUGCAGGAGCGACCCUUGAAAUUCCUUCAGAAGAAAUUAUUCAGAAGUCAGGAUAA